AUGCCCGAGUAUCUAACUGUGCCUUUGGAUAUAGUCUACUUUCUUGAUACAUAUUUUCAACCAAAUGAGUAUGCUUUGGAAGAAAAAAACAAAUCUGCCCUGAAAAUUGUUGAGCUAGGCCUAUCAAGCUCCCGAAAUACAAUCGAUGUUGAGCGCGCUAAGUCUCAACAUUGGGGUGGUUUGCGCGCCCGCCUAGAACUUUCUAUCGAUUCUGUACUCGAACAAGCUGACAAGCUGGCUGCACUUUCUGUAGGCGCUUCUCAUCCUCCUCGCCUUGAUUUGCCUCGCCUCGAUCGACCACCUCGAUCUCCUGCGUCUUUUCUUUCUACAUGCUCGUUCUCAUCUCUUGCUUCCGCAAAUAGCAGGCCAAAUGAAUUCUUUGGUGUAGAUGAAUCCAAACUUAUGUCCUCCGGUAUAGCACCAAGUUUCUCAACCCAAAUUCCAUCUAAUCACUGUAAUACUUCUGGCGGCUUGUUCGUCGCUAUGUGUGUUCAAAAGGACGAGCUGACAUCUCUUCAAUCUUCAGUAACUCCAAUUUCUGCUAGGAUGCCACUCGCACAGAACCUCUCGAAUAAGACGGAAGAUUUCGCACUCCAUAUUUCGCACAAACGAGAGAAUCUUGGCGCUGGCGCUCACCUGGGUAACGAAAGUGAAUGCUUCUUUUCGCAGGAGAAAGGCUUGGCUUCAGAUUCCGAUAGUCUCACUGCUCAGUCAGACGAAGACUCUUCUCCAGAUGCCGAAGAGGUAAGAUUACUAUACUUGGUUAUAACAUCUAUAUAUUUAUGUUUUCAUAAGUAG